AUGGAGGACCCCGCGGCGGCCGGGGCCGGGAGCUCGUCCACCAAUAGCAACGGCAACGGCGGCGGCAAAGGGAAGCAGGCGGCGCCCAAGGGCCGGGAAGCGUUCAGAAGCCAGCGGCGGGAGUCGGAGGGCUCUGUGGACUGCCCCACUCUGGAAUUUGAGUAUGGAGAUGCAGAUGGGCACGCAGCAGAGUUGUCAGAAUUAUAUAGCUACACUGAAAACCUGGAAUUCACCACUAACAGGAGGUGCUUUGAAGAAGAUUUCAAGACUCAAGUGCAGGGCAAGGAGUGGCUGGAGUUGGAGGAAGAUGCCCAGAAGGCCUAUGUGAUGGGACUCCUGGACCGACUGGAGGUGGUCAGUAGGGAACGGCGACUGAAGGUGGCCCGGGCUGUUCUGUACCUGGCCCAAGGCACUUUUGGGGAAUGUGAUUCGGAGGUCGAUGUGCUACACUGGUCCAGGUACAACUGCUUCCUGCUCUAUCAGAUGGGGACCUUCUCAGCCUUCUUGGAGCUACUCCACAUGGAAAUCGACAACAGCCAGGCCUGUAGCAGUGCUCUUCGGAAACCAGCCAUCUCCAUUGCUGAUAGCACAGAACUCAGGGUGCUGCUGAGUGUCAUGUACCUAUUGGUGGAAAAUAUCCGCCUGGAGCGAGAGACAGACUCCUGCCGGUGGAGGACAGCACGGGAGACCUUCCGCACUGAAUUGAGCUUCUCCAUACAUAAUGAGGAACCUUUUGCCCUUUUGCUUUUCUCCAUGGUUACCAAGUUCUGCAGUGGCCUGGCUCCCCACUUCCCCAUAAAGAAGGUCCUGCUUUUGCUCUGGAAGGUGGUCAUGUUUACCCUUGGUGGAUUUGAGCAUCUACAGGUUCUCAAGGUACAGAAGCGGGCAGAAUUGGGGCUGCCUCCACUGGCUGAAGACAGUAUCCAGGUGGUGAAGAGCAUGCGUGCUGCCUCCCCGCCCUCUUACACCCUCGACCUGGGGGAGUCUCAGCUGGCACCACCACCCUCUAAGCUGCGAGGCCGCCGUGGUUCUCGAAGGCAACUCCUCACUAAGCAGGACAGCCUGGACAUCUACAAUGAAAGAGAUCUCUUUAAGACUGAGGAACCAGCCACAGAGGAGGAAGAGGAGUCUGCUGGUGAUGGAGAACGAACCUUGGAUGGAGAAUUAGACCUGCUAGAGCAAGACCCUCUGGUGCCACCUCCACCCUCACAGGCAUCCCCUUCCGCUGAGCGGGUGGCCUUUCCCAAGGGCCUACCCUGGGCCCCAAAGGUCAGACAGAAGGACAUUGAGCACUUCUUGGAGAUGAGCAGGAACAAAUUCAUCGGAUUCACUCUGGGGCAGGACACAGAUACCUUGGUUGGAUUACCCAGGCCCAUCCAUGAGAGUGUGAAGACUCUAAAGCAGCACAAGUACAUCUCCAUUGCAGAUGUUCAGAUCAAGAAUGAAGAGGAUCUGGAGAAGUGCCCCAUGUCUUUGGUGAGUCAAGGGGCUCCUGCCCAGGAGAAAGGCAGGAGGAAAUCUAUCUGCAGUGCUGUCACAGAGCAUAUGUGCAUGCUGUUGGGCUCUUAUGAUAUUGCUCUACUUAAGAUUCUGCUGGCUGCAGCCCCCACCUCCAAAGCCAAGACAGACUCUAUCAAUAUCCUCGCAGAUGUCCUGCCUGAGGAGAUGCCCAUCACUGUUCUCCAGAGCAUGAAGUUGGGCAUUGAUGUGAACAGGCACAAGGAGAUCAUUGUAAAGAGUAUCUCUGCCCUGCUCCUGCUCCUCCUCAAACACUUCAAACUGAACCACAUCUACCAGUUUGAAUAUGUAUCACAACAUUUGGUAUUUGCCAACUGCAUUCCAUUGAUCCUGAAGUUCUUCAAUCAAAAUAUCUUGUCCUACAUCACUGCCAAAAACAGCAUCUCGGUCCUGGAUUACCCUUGCUGUACCAUCCAGGAUUUGCCGGAGCUUACUACAGAGAGUCUGGAAGCUGGAGACAACAACCAGUUCUGUUGGAGGAACCUCUUUUCCUGCAUUAACCUUCUGAGGCUGCUCAAUAAACUGACCAAAUGGAAGCAUUCCAGAACCAUGAUGCUGGUGGUAUUCAAAUCAGCUCCAAUCUUAAAGCGAGCCCUCAAGGUCAAACAGGCCAUGCUGCAACUUUAUGUUCUGAAGCUGCUAAAAAUACAGACCAAGUACCUGGGGCGCCAGUGGAGAAAAAGUAACAUGAAAACCAUGUCAGCCAUCUAUCAGAAAGUACGCCACCGCAUGAAUGAUGACUGGGCUUAUGGGAAUGACAUCGAUGCCAGGCCAUGGGACUUCCAAGCAGAAGAAUGCACCUUGAGGGCCAACAUUGAGGCUUUUAACAGCCGCCGGUAUGACAAACCCCAGGACUCUGAAUUUUCACCUGUAGAUAACUGCUUGCAGAGUGUGCUGGGGCAGAGGUUGGAUCUGCCUGAGGAUUUCCACUAUUCAUAUGAGCUCUGGCUGGAGAGAGAGGUGUUUUCACAGCCCAUCUGUUGGGAGGAGCUGCUCCAGAAUCACUGACUGAGCUCUUAACAACAAAACAUCUGAUAGAUGGGCUUAGGCUCCAAUAAAUGGUGCUCUGCCUACCCUGCCCAUUCAGCCUUUGUUUCCAGGUCUGGGAGUGCUUGUCCAGGGGAAAGCUGGGCUAG